AUGUCACCUUCAACACUCCUCCGGUUCUCACGCAAUGUGAACCUCACUCGCACAGUCCUCAGAACUCAAGUCAGGAUUCAAUCCAACGUCCGACCACUCUCGACUUCCCCUUAUCGUUUUGCCUCCCGCGAAGACCCCGAAGAAAACAAACAUCCGCAACGAGAAACGCAGCUGGAUCGCGAGAAGAUGAAUCCCGAGGCAAACGAGUACGCAAAGUCAAGCUCAGAUGAUAGUGCGGCGAAGAACGAGGACGCUGCUUUCGAUCCUGACAUUACCGAUCCAGAAGAGGCAAGAAAGAAGGCAGGCGAAGGCAACGACGUCAACCCGCUAGAUUCUAGUCCAGCAAAUCCUGAUAUCAGCUCAGGGACAGCAGAAGAGCAGGGAGGCUCGAAGAAGAAGGUGUCGGAAGGCGGCGGUGGCAGGUAA